GCCGCGAGACAAGUGAGCGAUCGAGCACGCCAUUCUCCGGCCGCCGCUGUUGCCUGCUCGGAGCUCGCCGCUGAAACCAGCGCAUCUGUCGAGUUCUUAUACGGAUCGUGUGGUCUGCCCCCAAUGGCGGCCAGUAGCGAGUCGCUGAUGCAGCGGUGCAAGCCGUACGUGGCGAUGAUCUCGCUGCAGUUCGGGUACGCCGGCAUGAACGUCAUCACCAAGGUGUCGCUCAACCACGGCAUGAGCCACUACGUGCUCGUCGUCUACCGCCACGCCUUCGCCACCCUCUCCAUCGCGCCCUUCGCGCUCGUCCUCGAGCGCAAGGUCCGGCCCCGGAUGUCGCUCUGGGUCUUUCUCCAGAUCUUCGUCCUCGCAUUGCUCGGGCCGGUGAUCGACCAGAAUUUCUAUUACGCCGGCCUCAAGUUCACCUCGCCGACCUUCUCCUGCGCCAUGAGCAACAUGCUACCAGCCAUGACCUUCGUCAUGGCCGUGCUCUUCAGGAUGGAGAAGGUGAACCUGAAGAAGGCGAGGUGCGUGGCCAAGGUGGUGGGCACGCUCGUGACAGUGGCCGGCGCCAUGCUCAUGACACUCUACAAGGGCCGCGCCGUCGAGAUGGUCUGGACCAAGCACAUGCACCUCCACGGACCGCACCCGGACGCUGCCGCCGCGGCCGCCGCCGACAAGGACUGGCUAACGGGCUCCAUCUUCCUCAUCAUCGCCACCCUCGCCUGGGCAUCCCUCUUCAUCCUCCAGGCCGCGACGCUCAAGAGGUACGACGCACCGCUGUCGCUGACCACCCUCAUCUGCUUCGUGGGCACGCUGCAGGCCAUCGUCGUCACUUUCGUCAUGGAGCACAGGCUCUCCGUCUGGAGAAUCGGCUUCGACAUGAACCUCCUCGCCGCCGCUUACGCUGGCAUAGUGACGUCGAGCAUUGCCUACUACGUGCAAGGGCUGGUGAUCCAGAACCGGGGCCCAGUCUUCGCCUCGGCCUUCAGCCCCCUCAUGAUGAUCAUCGUGGCCAUCAUGGGGUCCUUCAUCCUCGCCGAGAACAUCUACCUCGGAGGGAUCAUCGGAUCCGCGCUGAUCGUCGCUGGCCUGUACUCGGUGCUAUGGGGGAAGCACAAGGAGAGCGUGGAGAAGAAGGAGGUCGAGGCCAUGGAGAUCCCCGUGGCGAUCAAGGCCGUCGACGGCAACGGCAGGAUCGUGGACAUCGUGGAGCUGGACGAGGUGCAGCUGGAGAAGGCCCAGGCCAACGCCAAGGCGGUGGUCAACGUCACCGUCCCCGUCGAGGAGGCCCGGAUGCAGGGCAAGGACGAGGCUUAAGCUACAGAUUAUACGCCGAUUAAUCGGCGCUUCCUGCGUCAUUUUACCCCCUUUUAGUUCUUGCUUUUGUUCUCCGGCCCCAUGAUGUUGUAGUGUUGGGUGCAAUGAUCUGAUGCUGUAAGCAAUGGUGGUGGUAGUAGUAGUAAAUUACUAGUAGUAAGUAAUAUGGAAGCUGAGGAGGAUGCAACGAGGGAGAGUUUUGUGACCUCUCCUGCUAUGCAGAUGCUGUCAGUUUGGGAUAAUCAUCUCCAGCCUACAUGCCUUGUAUUACCAUCUACACCUUCAAUCAAUGAUGACAUAUGCAACAUUAUAUCUCAGUUCUCAA